AUGGACAGCUCUCCCGCCUCGCCUUUGGCCCCCAGGGAUCCCAGCUCCCCUGAAUCUUCGAUCGGCGAACAAAUCGCCACUCUACAGGCCCAGCUUGCCGCUCUGCAGGCCUCGCAACCCGCCGCCGCCGCAGCCGCCGCACCCCCGGCCGUCACCGUCGUGCCGGGGAACGCCGCCACCGCAUCCAAGGUCGUGUUUCCCAAGCACGCUCGUCUGGACGGCCCCAAGUCGUUCACCAACUGGUUGCGUCAACUCCGUCUUGCACUCCCGAACCAGGUUCGUGGUUACGUUCUCGACGGUGUCGUUCCCCCGACCUGGACCGCCGACCAGCUUGCCGCACGUGACGACGCCGCCCGGGAAAUCAUCGUUGGCUCUAUCGACUCCGCCGACGUAUCGGCCACCCUCGACGCCAUCCCCAGCGACGACCUGUCGGCACCGCGCAUCUUUGCCGCUCUCAAGGCUCGUUUUGCACCGGACGACGCUACACGCACUCUCGAGUUGUUCGCUCGCCUUUGGGACUUCAGGAAGAUGCCUGCCUCCGUCGAGGCCUACGACACUUGGCUACGCGAGUACAUGUCGAUUGCUCAGGAAAUACGCGACGCCAAAACAUCGCUCAACGACGUGCUCGCCACCCACGUGCUCGCCAUGGUCCCGUCUUGCCUCGACAGCUUCCGACUCACGUUCACGGACGACCGACGCGAAACUCACGACGCUUACGGACCGCAUUCGCAUCCAGCUUCGUUCGGCAGGACUCUCGACCUCGCAUUCGGCCAUGCUUGCCACCAGCUCCCCCUGCCCCGCCUGCCGCGCUCCCGGUCACCGCCUGCGCGACUGCACUUCACGUGCGAAGCACCCGCCCACCGGCCCCUGCCGCCGAUGCCACAAGAAAGGUCACUGGGCACUCGACUGCAAGAACCGGGGUGAACAGGCACGUAGCAGCGACGACACCCAGGACGACACGUCUUCCUCCGCGGCCUCGCAACCGAACGUCGGCUAUUUCGCCUCCUGCCUCUUCGCUCGUCGCCAACUCCCAACUGACGCCUUUGUAGUCGAUUCGGGUGCCACGACACACAUGGUCGCCGACCGAUCUCUAUUCACGACUUAUCGUCAGACGGCACACACCAAGAUCGGCGGCAUCGCGGGCGGCAUCACGGCUAUCGGCAUGGGGGACGUGGCAUUCGUCGCCAAGACUGGACACCCGAUCACGCUCCGUGGUGUUCUUCACACGCCUGGCCUACACGUCAACCUCCUCUCUGUCUCUCGCCUCUAUUUCGCGUUCGUUCUCGCGUGCCGACGGAUCACAUACCACCAACCAAAUUUCCGGUUUGGAGUGUGUCACACCUGUCAGCAUCUUGCCUUCCUCUCACGCUCUGAGUCUCCCGUGCCCCUGCUUACCCUACACCGCUGCCUCGGCCAUCUUGCCCCAUCCUCUAUACAGAAGAUGAUUGCUGCAGGUUUGCUGGACGGGUUUGGGGCCGGGUACAGUGACAAAGACGUAGAGGAGUUUGUUUGCAAUGCUUGCCUUGGUUCCAAAGGUCACCGCCUUCCCUUUCCCGACUCUGAGUCGCAUUCCGCCGAGAGACUUGGCCUCGUGCACAGCGACGUCCUGUCGUUCCCCACUCCGUCCUUGACCGGGAAGCGCUACCUUGUCACGUUUCUAGACGACCACUCUCGCAAACUCUGGGCAUAUGCGAUCGAUCACAAAAGCGAUGUUUUCCCGACCUUCCAGACUUGGCUCGCCGAAGUGGAGUUAGAGACGAACGCGCGGUUGAGGAUCCUUCGAACCGACAAUGGCGGGGAGUACCGAUCAAACGCAUUCACGGAGUUCUGCAAAUCCAAGGGCAUUCGUCGUCAAUACUCUAUCCCUUACACGCCUCAACAAAACGGUCGCGCCGAACGUGUCAACCUCUCCAUCGUCGAGGGCGUCCUCGCUCUCCUUGCGGACGCCCGUCUGCCGGCCACCUUUUGGGAUGAAGCGGCUGCGUAUUUCGUUUAUUGCAAAAACAGGUGCUCACACUCAGCUUUGGCCAAACAGACUCCAGAAUCCGUUUGGAACGGCCAACGCACCACCGCCACCGCCCUCCACCCGUUCGGCUGCACAGCCUGGCUCACGGUCGCCCCGGACCUUCGCAGCAAGCUCGACCCCAAGGCCGCGCGCGUGAUCUUCACAGGUUACGACCUCGCCUCCAAAGCUUUCCGUUUCUUUGACCAUUCCAUCAACAAGAUUGUACUUGGUCGCAAUGCCACCUUCCUCGACGACGACUUCCCCGGCCUGCCAGUCACCACGCCCGUCGAUGCAGACGACACCGACCGUCAGUUCGUCGUUCCCGCCGACACGCCCGCCCCUGCCGUCAAGACGAGGACCCCACUAGUAAGGUCGGCGCACAUGGACGUCUCAUCCUCCCUUGAUGAUUCUGCCAUGAGCGCCGUUGACGUGGCCCCAGGGUACACUGGCGGAACCUUACUUAAUUCCACAGAUACCGAAUCGUCCUCGUCACCGUCUCCUGAGCCGUCCUCGUCACCGUCGCCACAAACCCUUUGUCACCGUCGCCUGCGCUGUCACCGUCGUUGGCAGCGUCAUCGUCACCCUCGGUCUCACCGACCGACUCUGACUACUCCGCCGACCCUCUGGACCUCAUCGGCUCACAGACCCCGACUCGCCUUGGCCCACCGGACGUGCACCGCCCAGACUUCAGCACGUACCGUGAGCCCGCAUCGGCUGAGGAGUCGCCCGACGAACUCGACAUCAUUGGGCGUCACUCGCGCGAUGAAUCGCCGGAUGAAAUCGAUUUCCUCACCCAACACCACCGCGCCUUCAUCGCCACAGACGACGACGACCCCACCCUCGACGCCAUCGAGCCCGUCAAAUCGAUCACUAGCGACCCCCAGACCUGGCGCGAAGCAAUGUCCAGCGACGAGCACAACAUCUGGGCUGAGGCCGCCGCCGCCGAGUUCACCGCCAUGCGCGACGACUUCAAGGUGUUCACCAUCGAGCCUCGCUCAUCUGUACCGCCGGGCGCCACCAUCGUCACCUCCAAAUUCGUCUGGAAGACCAAGCGCAACGCAAGCGGUGAAGUCACGGGGCGGAAGGCACGUCUUGUAGCGCAGGGUAACCGACAGCGCGACGGCAUCGACUUCUCAGAAACCUUCGCACCCGUCGCCCGUUUCUCCUCCAUUCGCUGCCUCCUGGCUCUUGCCGCUGCCAAUGGCUACCACGUUCAUCAGGCCGACAUCGACAAGGCUUACCUCCACGGCGAGCUCGAUCAUGAUAUCUGGAUGACGACACCACGCGGUUUCGACUUCCCGAGCGAUAAGGUUCUCCGGCUGCGACGCUCAAUCUACGGUCUCAAGCAGGCCGGUCGCAUCUGGAAUCGUCACAUUGACACAUCACUCAGGAAUCUGGGGUACAAGGCAACAGGCACUGAUCACUGCAUUUACUCUCGCAUUGACGAUCAGCAGCGGCCUCACUAUAUCGCCUUGUAUGUCGACGACCUCCUCAUUGUCAGUCCAGCCCUCGACGAGAUCGAACGUGUCAUCUCCGGCCUUGAACAGCGGUACGGCGUCAAACGACUCGGCCCCGCGGAGUACAUCCUCGGAAUCCAAAUACGCCGCCUGGACGACGGUUCCAUUGCUCUAUCCCAGGAGCGCUACAUCAUGGACGUGCUGGCCCGUUUCCACUUCGACACCACGACACGCGGCACUACGGUGCCGAUGACGCCCGGCCUCUCGCUCACGGCAAUUCCGGGUCAGGGAACGGAGCGCAUUCGUUCGUGGUACCUACAGGCCAUCGGCUCCCUCCUCUACAUCUCCCUUGGCACUCGACCCGACAUUGCCUUCGCCGUCUCGUACCUGUCCCGGUUCGCCAACAACCCCGGCCGCCGCCAUUGGAUUGCCGUCAAACACGUCCUUCGCUACCUUCGCGCCACGUACCGCGAUGAGCUUCUCUAUGCCCGCGGCCCAGCAAAAGUCACGGGUGUGGUUGGUUAUUCUGAUGCGAACUGGGGCGCCUGCGUCGACACAUCCAUUUCAACGAUGGGCUACGUAUUUUACUUGGCAGGCGCCGCUGUCUCUUGGUCGUCGAAGCGUCAGACUCGGGUAGCGGAUUCCACCACUGAUGCCGAGUACCUGGCCUUGUCGCACGCGGGUAAGGAAGCGAUCUACCUUAACCAACUCCUCUCCGAGCUCCACGUUUGCCCAAUCGCUGCAGCUCACAUCUUCACCGACAACGAGGCCGCGGCCGCCGUCGCUCACGACCCCGUUCGCACCUCCGGCACCCGGCACAUUCGCCUCCGCGAGCAUUUUGUCCGUGACAUGGUCAAUCGAGGUGAUAUCUCUCUCUCACACGUUGGCACAGCAGACAUGGUUGCGGACGUAUUCACCAAAGCGCUAGGCCCCAAGAUUUUUGGUACACAUUGCUAUGCUCUAGGCCUCCGGACGCGACAUCCACGGCUCAAGUCUACCUCGCGUUCGCGUGGGGGGGGGUGUGAGGAAUCCACUCUCCGCUCGGCUCAGGACUUAGGCGCGCGGAGCGAACCGGGCGCGGACUUAGGCGCGCGGAGUGAGCCGGGCGCCCCGGCCCAGGACUUAGGCGCGCGAAGCGAGCCUGGGACUUAG